AGGGAGGGCGCCGGGCUGCGCUGCGCUGCUAGUCUGGAGCGGAGCCUGGCAGCGGCAGGAGCGGCGGCGCGGGGGUGAGGAGCAGCCGGAGCCCGCUGGACGGAGGCAGCCCCGUCCCCCUCCCCUCCCCCUCGCCUCUUUCUUUGUGCGCAGGGCAGGGGCGGCCCCGAUCCAUGGUCAUGGGCGACAAGAAGAGCCCGACCAGGCCGAAAAGGCAAGCCAAACCUGCAGCCGACGAAGGCUUUUGGGAUUGUAGUGUGUGCACCUUCAGGAACAGCGCCGAAGCCUUCAAAUGCAGCAUCUGCGAUGUCAGGAAAGGCACCUCCACAAGAAAGCCUAGAAUAAACUCUCAGUUGGUGGCACAACAAGUUGCCCAGCAAUAUGCAACCCCACCACCACCUAAGAAGGAGAAGAAGGAGAAAGUGGAAAAACAAGACAAAGAAAAACCUGACAAAGAGAAGGAAAUUAGUCCAAGUGUCACAAAGAAGAACACUAACAAGAAGACUAAACCAAAGUCAGAUAUUGUGAAAGAUCCUCCUAGCGAAGCAAACAGCAUACAGUCUGGGAAUACUACAACAAAGAACAACGACUCAAAUCACACUUCAAGACCCAGACUGAAAAAUGUGGACAGAAGUACCGCACAGCAGCUGGCAGUCACAGUGGGAAAUGUCACAGUAAUUAUCACAGACUUUAAAGAAAAGACUCGCUCCUCUUCUACGUCGUCUUCUACAGUGACCUCCAGUGCAGGAUCAGAACAACAGAAUCAGAGCAGCUCGGGCUCUGAGAGCACAGACAAGGGCUCGUCCCGCUCCUCCACGCCAAAGGGGGACAUGUCGGCAGUCAACGACGAAUCUUUCUGAAAAUUGCACAUGGAGUUGUGGAAACUAUGAAUCAGGGUAUGAAAUUCAAACACUCCACCUGCCCAUGCUGUUCAAAUCCUGGAGAGCCUCUUCCGAGCUUGAACACACACACACACACACACACACGCACGCACACACACAGAAACACACACACACUCUCUUUUGGGACAUCGACCUCUUACUGAUGCAACCAGGAUAAUUUCUGCUUGCCGUGGGCAUCUGGCCACCAAGGAAUUUCUCACCCUAACGAUUCCUCUUGACACUUUUAUGUAUUCCAUUGUUUUAUAUGAUUUUCCUAACAAUCAUUUAUAAUUGGAUGUGCUCCUGAAUCUACUUUUUUAUAAUAUCUGCUGUGCACAAUUUUCCAUGAACAUUACAACUUUUUGUU